AUGCUCUUCCGUUCCAUCGUCUCAUCCCUUCUGCUUCUCGGCGCCAUCUCUGCUAAUUCACUCAUCAAUCCCUCAAAUCUAACGGAUGACUUCUGCAAAAACGGUGGAUCUCUGGUUAAUGGAAAAUGUGAAUGCACUCUCCGAUAUGAGGGAACUCAAUGCGAAAGAGAAAGAUGUUUGAAUGGAGGACGAAGACAUUCCGCCAAAGGAGUGGUUCGUUGCCACUGUCCAUACGGUCUCUCUGGUGACAGAUGCGAGAAAGUAACCUACUGCGAGCCAGGAAAAGGAAAACUGAUCGAAGGAAAGUGUGAAUGUUUCGAGAGAUGGACUGGCCUUUUCUGUAAUAUGCGUACAUGUUUCAAUGGAAUUCCAACCGGGGGACUCGACGGAUUCUGUCUUUGUGAUGUUGGAUAUACUGGACCAUUCUGUGAUGCACCACUCAUUUGUGAAAAUGGAGGAACUGUCACCCAGGAGAAUGAAUGUUCAUGUACCGCCGGAUACACUGGAGAUCAUUGUGAACAAUGCGCCAUCGGAUACAUCAAGGAGGCACAAUACUGUGUGCCAGAGGUUUCUGAAUCUUCCCUGCUCGCUCACACUGGAUCUCUUGGCAACCAACCAUUCGGAUGGCCAAUCAUUCUCAUGGCAUGUGCCGCUGCAAUCGCUUUUAUAGUUCUCACUCUCACUGUCAUCUUCGCUGUCCGUAAAUGGAGCAACAAACCGUCGAGAGUCAAUUCAGUACAAGGAGAUCCAGAGAAUGGAACUGACGUUUAA